AUGGCUGAAGACAGUCAGCAGUCAAUUAAACGAUCUAAUCAUAUAUGGACCGCCGAAGAGGAUAAAGUCCUCGUUGAAUGUCUCACUGAUCUAGGUUUGUGUUGGAGAGGAGAUGAUGGUUUCAAGAUAGGUUUUUCAAGUGUGGUAGAAAAGAUGAUGCAUAGCAAGAUUCCAGGUUGCUCUCUGCGAGCUAACCCCCACAUCACAUCCAGAGUUAAAUUGUUGAAAAAGCAUUAUAAUGCCAUCGCUGAAAUGGUUGGACCUAAUGGUGGGAGUGGCUUUGGAUGGAAUGAUGCCAAAAAAAUGAUAGAUGUUGAGAGGGAUAUAUUCGACGACUGGGCGAAGACACACCCGAGUGCUAAAGGACUUUUCAACAAGCCAUUCCCACACUAUGAUGCUUUGGGAUCAAUCUUCGGUAAGGAUGUCGCCACAGGAGGUUCUGCGGUGGGUGCACACGAUGCUAUACACGAUUUAGAACGAGAGACAACCUGUGAUGAUGAUAGUGGCACCCCAUUCGAGGAAUAUCUAGACCUGACUGGGGACUACAUCCCAACUCCACUUGAAGAAUCUCACGUGCCUGAUAUUCCUACAGAAGAGGUUGUGCCCUAA